UUGCUUGAACGCGCUAAUCUGGGAGCAAAAUUCGGAGGACCAAUGAAGAAUGUUUCAAAAUCGGGGAAUUUUUCCCAUUUGAGAGUUUUCGAUUAAGUUUCGUAAAAAUCAUUUAAUAUUUAAAAUUACUAAAAAAAUUGACUUAUUUGUAGUAAUUUCCCGGUUACGAAUUGUAGGCCUCAAACUAUCAUUAUCCAAAACUAACUUUAAUAAAUUAUUUAAAUUGAAUGGUUUUCAAAUUUAUCUUCUCAAGUGAUCGCUUAUUAUAGAUAAACUUACAAAGCUAUUGGUUUUAUUUAAUACAAAAAUAACAAUAACACCGCGGUAUCGAUAUUGUCCAGCGUAGGCAAAGGAAGAAACGUGGACAUUUGAAAUAUGAGAUCUAAUUGGCAAUCGCCCUUCGAGAUUGAAGAUUAUUUUCACAAACCUGAGAUACUUAUAACUGUCUAAUAAAUUGUUACGAGUGUUUCGAGGAAUAUCUAUUUUAGUGUUGUUAUUUUGUUAUUGUUGGUAGCAACCUUAAAGGAAAAAGAAAGGUUCCCUUUUAAUUAAGACACUUUAGACACGUUUUAUUAAGUGUUUUAUUACCUUCCUUAUUGUCAGGCGCAUCAGCAGAUUAAUAUAAAAAUAUAUUUAGCUUUAAAUAAGUUCAUGAGUCAGCUAGAAUAAACUUUUGGGAUCGAAAACAUAAACAUACACAUAACAGCUCAAGUGAUGUCUUAUCAAGCGCAUAGAUACAAAGAAGAGACAUAUAAUAAGCUAGUUGGCCUUAUUUAAUUUACUGUCUUUUUCAUGAUCUCUUUUGGAUUUAUUCAACUAUUAGGAACUAGUCACUUUAGUCAACUUAACUAAAAAUGAGCCUGCAUUUUUAGUUAAGGUCCUAUGUAAAUAGUAUUGAUUGGAAACGUACCUACCUACGAAUAAAAGAAAAUGGAAUCAGAGUAAAAAACUAGGGAAUGCAUCAGUCUACAAACCCGUUAACAAAUUACCUAAAUAUCUUAACAAAUUACUUAAUAAAGACACUAAUAAUAAAUCAAGAAAACUAAAAAGUUAAUAGCUUUUUUACAGUUGUCGUCAUAAUAAUGUGUCUUUGAAAACGUUAAGAAUAGACACAAAUACUUAAAUAUGAUCCAAACGAUUAAUGUAUCAUUUUGUUACGAAAAAAAAGUUUUUUUGAAGACAAAAUCAUCUGGUAUCCCGCUCCGCCCGCCCACAUUGCCCUCUCCGCCAAUAGUAAAGCAGCUAGGGCGGAGCUUUCCUGGCGCUGAACUUUUAAAACUUGAAGCCCACUUUACAGCCGUCAAUCUCAGAAACGAUAUUUCAGCGUCAACAUGACUCGCUGUCGCGCCUCAUUAAUAAAUCUGUAAUCGGUGCGACCGGUUCAUUUAUCAUGAAAAAAAAGUUGUGUUAAGUGGGUGGACUUGGAAGUAUUCAGGAAAAAUGCAGGCGGAGGGUGAAGGCGCGGGAACUCGGAAGGCGCUUAGGACCCCGAAGUGUGCCCGGUGCAGGAACCACGGCGUCAUCUCGUGUCUGAAGGGACACAAGCGGCUAUGUCGGUGGCGAGACUGUCGCUGCCCCGGGUGUCUGCUGGUCCUCGAGAGACAGCGUGUCAUGGCUGCACAGGUUGCAUUACGCAGGCAGCAAGGUGCAGGGACCACUGAAUGCCGAGACGGCGAGGCGGCGGCGCUGGCGGCCCGCAAGCGCGCCUACCGCGCCCGCUUGCGCUGCAUGCAGAUGACUAGAACUUUUCCAGUACAAACACCUGUUUAUGGUAACGACAGGCUAUUUACAAAUGAUCCUGUCUGGAACGAGCGUGUCCGCAGGCGUCGUGCGUUCGCCGACGUGGAGUUAGAGCGCGGAGCCGCGCCGCCGCCGCCGCCCGCGCCCCCCGCCGCGCUCCUCUGCAGGAACCUACUCGCAGCCUUGCUCACCACGUACGCUCCAGUACCACAACAUCAGCCACAGCGGCAAAAGCUUUCGUUUUCUAUUGAGUCCAUCAUAGGAGUUCAGUAGUGUACUGAAACACUUUCAGGUUGUAUACCUGUUUACACUAUGCUGUCUUACAUACAAGCACAGUUGAUUUUUUAUUGUAGUGCUAUUUUUUUCUCGAGCAAUUUAAACAGUAUAACUGGGUAAAAAGUUACGCUUUUAAUAAUAACUUAAAUACUCAUUGACACUUACAAUUAAAUUAAAACCAUUAUAUUCGAACAAUGAGUGCUUUAUUAACGAAAUGUAUGGUAGAAUGUCUAUUGUGAGGUCAUCUUUUUACAACCAGAACUUAGAUUUAAACAAUUGAUUAGUUAACUCUUACACUGGAAUUUGUAUAAAUUUUUUAACCAUUAUAUAAAAUGAGUACAGCAUUCAAAUUUCAAAAGUGUGUUAUACAAAUAUAUUUUUCCAAAAUUAUAAUUUUUCUUUGUUAAUUUUGAACAAAUCGCCUGGGGUUAGGCCUUAUAGUAGAGGUAGG